CGCAGGGAGAAGAAGGUGUGGGAAAGCUCGAAGAACAAAUUCACUUAGACGUAAAAAAAUUCAGAAUAAUAAUAAAUUUUCUCAACAUGUAUCCGUAAUCGACCCAACCUACCUAAACAACCUAACAACUACCUAGGUAACAACUACAAAUGAACCCAUACCCCGAACAAGAAUACCUCUAAAUGCAUCCAUCAUAACACCGACACCAACCAUCAUAUCUAAGCCGCAAAUAUGGUUGGUAAAGUCAGUGAGAAGGUCCUCCUACGGGAAGGACUCGAACGAACCGACAAUGGCAUGAAACAGACGAGUUGGCCUGAUGUCACACCAAUUAACCAAAAGAACUAUUAUACCGAUUAUAUGAAACGCGAUGAUCAGGUAUUAGCACUCCGAUUACAGGCCGAGGCGAAUAGAGAUAGACUCGUCCAAUCUGCCAAGGAUCGCGACCGUGCUCUUGCGCGCAACGGACACGCCGAGGUACCUUUGCCAGUCACCGACAUCCAACCCGAAGAUGGCGCCCCAACCCCCAACGAGAAUCUAGACCCAUCCAAGGUCAUCGUCAUACAUCCUGGAAGCCAGAACCUCAGAAUAGGUUUCGCCAGCGAUGCCUUACCUAAGACUAUACCCAUGACGAUCGCGACCAAGUUCCCCCAGACCGAGUCCGAAAUGUACGAGGCUCUUCCCCGCCGCCAGUUCGAAGCCAAGACUAUAGAUCAACAAUAUGGCGAAGAAUGGUCAAAGAAAUACCAAAAGAUGUGUAACGAUCUCAAGGUAGAAAUGCGUGCCAAGAAGCUUAAGGUACUUCCAAAUUCGAAAGAAUUGGUCGUAAACUACAACAGACGAUCAGAGUCGGAAGAGAUCCCAUUACACAACGACCCUCUCCAAAUUGAAUGGACCGACGUCGAAACUCUAGAGGAUCCCAAGUCGAUAGCGUCAUGUUUCAUUGGCCAAGCUGCCCAACGUAUCCCCGACGAUUCGAACCCCAAGUUCAAAUUAUGGUGGCCUCUACAGAACGGCUGGAUGAAUGAAGACGAUUAUACGACCGCUGAGCAUCUAUAUGACGAUUUUGAGACCCUUCUAGAUAAAGCUAUCAGACAAGAGCUUGGAUUAACUAGAAACAGCGCGUGGAGGAACUACAGCUGCGUAUUUGUGAUUCCCGAUCUAUACGACAAGAAAUACGUAGAACACAUUCUGAAGUCAUGUAUGACAUGGUUCGAGUUCAGCAGAAUAUGUUUCAUACAAGAGAGCAUGGCGGCGACGUUUGGUGCUGGCUAUACCCAGGCCUGCGUCGUCGACGUUGGUGCUCAGAAGACUUCGAUCGCAUGUGUCGAAGAUGGACUAUGUAUUGAGGAUUCUCGUAUUAACCUCAAAUACGGCGGCUACGACAUUACCGAGACAUUUAUCAAGAUGAUGCUGUACGACAACUUUCCUUACCAAGAGAUCAAUCUUAGGAGACGAUACGAUUUUCUUUUGGCUGAGGAACUGAAGAUUAAGCAUUGCACUCUUCAUCCAAAUGACGUAUCAGUAUCGAAUCACCAAUUCCACCUCCGCGCCCCUAAUCAGUCUACACGUUUAUAUGGCUUCAAGACAUACGAUGAAGUCAUCCUCGCCCCGAUGGGCUUUUACGACCCCACCAUCUUCGAUAACUCAACCAAAAUACGUAGUCGUCGGAAGUUGAUCGACCGCUCAUAUAACGCAUACGACGUCGAAGUACCCGACGACCCGGCCCCCGCGGCCCAGACCGCGAUCCUCGCUCUCACUAAACCUUCCGUGGUAUCCAACGCCAACGGUUUCCAGGCUCUGUCAUCCGACCCCAACUUCGCUACGCCCGUUAAGGAGAAGUCCCAACCUUUCUCCAACUUCCUGCGGGGCGACCUCAACAACGGUACCCCGGCCGGCUCCAACGCCGCCUCACCCGCCCCCGAAGGAGCAGCUACACCCGUCCCUCCCGCCUUCCACUUCGGCGCCAACGGCACUGUAACAGGAACCGGUAGUCCCGCCCCCAACGGGACAUCCACGGCGCGCAACGGACUCUCCCCCGCCCCUCCCAUGCCGCCCGCAGGCAUGUUCAUCGAUUCCGCAGCACGCACAGCCAAAGCUUUAGCCGCGGAACGCGACGCCGUCCUCCCCGUCGCACCCCUCGACAUCGCGAUCCUAACCAGUAUCCAAAACGCCGCUAAAGGCGACGACAAGAAACUCCGCGAUUACCUCGGCAGCAUCAUGGUCGUAGGCGGCGGAUCCAAAACCCCGGCUUUCACACCGGCUCUCGAGGAAAAACUUCGCACGCGCAGACCCGAACUCGCGGAUAGAAUCCUGAUUACGCGUUCCGCGCGUGAUAUGGAUGAACAAGUCGUCGUUUGGAAGGGCGCUAGUGUGUUUGCCAAGUUACCCGCGAAUGAUUCUUGGAUCACGCCGUUUGAAUUCGAGAGGUUGGGCGCUAGGGUGUUGCAUCAUAAGGUGCUAUGGGCUUGGUAAAGAAAGAGGGGCUGCAGCAAUUGAGGAGAUGCGUCUCGAGGACGAAGAUGGGUUAGGAGGACGUCUUUAAUCGGACGUAUCUAAUAUGCGCGUGGGUUUAUUAAUCAAUCAAUCUACUAGCAAGCUAUGCGCCUUUUCAGGGCUAAGUUGAGCUAGCGAGAAGUGGUGUCAAAAAUCGGAGUAUCGUGAUGCUACAAUAUUCACUCCUAAGGGUCGGUCUGGUCUGUAAGGCGUUGGCGGUGGGUUUAUACUUUCAGCUUAGGUCUAGGAAGAUUAGGUAGCAAAAACAAAAGACAUAAAAGCAUCUUUCUACCCCAUAAAAUCGUGAUGCGGAAGGCCGAAUAAUCUUAUCGUUUAGUAUAGAUUUGCCCUCUACAGAAGAAAACAGAAAUUAAUU